GUAAUAGAGUUCCAGAAACAAUAAUAGUCUCCAAUAGAACAGACUGAACGCAGUCUUAUGAAUCAAUUAGGUGAUUUCUUCUACCUCUAUUAAUAGAAAAAAUUAUAUGAAAAUUAUAUUUUAAUGAAUUUAAUAAAUUUGAAUUAACAAUGUCUCUUAAACAUGAUUUAAAGCUACUAGUUAAGCCAUAUUAUAUAUUCAAUAUUUUAUUGAGUAUUUCUUACAUAGCUCUCAAGAGAAUAUCUGGUGUAUGUAAUUAUUUAUUUUCCACUACCAAUUGUGAAUUUGAGGGGAGGGAAACUGAAAUAUUAUUUUUCCUUAUAAUAGUAAUAGCUAUGAGAACAAGGAAAGCUGGAAGUGUUUCUAUGAUUAGCUAUCUUUCAUCAAGUUUCAUUUAUACCAAAGUAGCUAAUUUAAUAUUAUGGUUUAGCGCCGAUUUCUUGAUGGGUAUGGUGUAUGGAAUUAUAUUUAUAUUAGGAGCAUUACUAUUUCCUGAACCCACUUAUAGUGGUCCAGAUAAAGUGACGUACUUCAGAGGUGUCCAAGGAUUGGAUGAAGAAUUACAGAGGGACAAAAAGAUAACAUGGAUAGUAACUUUUUAUGCAGUUUGGAACCCGGCGUGUGUUAAUUUCGCACCAGUUUUCGCAAAACUGAGCUCGGAAUAUGAUCUAGAUAAUCUCAAAUUUGGUAAAGUGGACAUCGGACGGUAUCCUGAUGCAGGCAAAAAAUAUCAAGUUAAUGAUAGCAGUAUGAGUAGGCAGUUGCCAACGGUAAUUUUGUUUCAAGAAGGAAAAGAAGUGAUUAGGAGACCGAUGGGUGACAGUAAAGGAAAGUUGAUUAAAUUUUCUUUCACAGAAGAAAAUGUUAUACAUGUUUUUGGACUCAAAGAUUUAUAUAUUAGAUGUAAAAGUCAAAUAAAAAGUAAAAAACAUACAGAAUGAGUCAUAUUUUGGAGGUAAUAAAGAUUUUAGCUUUGUUGUGCAUGUUUUUAGUCACUUUUUAGGAUUUAUUUUAUUUUUAUUAUAAAGUAAUAUAUUUAUUUAUACCUAAAUGAUAUGAAUCGUGCCAAGAUUUAACUAUAAUCAUAACUAUCAUUUCAAAAGUUUUUUUUUCUAAUUUUAUUUUUAAAUGUGAAUCUCCAAUAAAGUAGUCCUCGUCCUUAUUUAAUUGAAUCACUAUUGUAUCCAUAUUUAAAUCAAAAAUUUCAUUUCAUUGUUUUUGUUAUGUUGUUAAAAACAAUAUUAUUAUUAAUAUUACAAAAAACUUUAUUUUUCUUAAAAAAUUCCCCAUAGCCUAUAACCUAAAUUGCCAUCAUCAGAUAUUAAAACAUUUCAGUAGUAUACAAGGUUUAUCAAAAAGUAUGCAUUAACUUAAAAAGUACCAACAUUUUUUAUAAUAUCAAGAAAAUUUAUUUAGAAUUAUAAACUUGUAUCUGAUAAACAGUUGAGUAGGUAAAACUUAUUUUUUAGCAAAAAUUUAAUGAGGUUCAAGUUUUCCAGUGUUGGAUAGGCAGCAUUGAAACUAGACGGAAAAAUUUAGAUUGAAACCUAGGAAUGGAAAUCAGAAAGACAUAAAACACUAUAAAGGCUAAAAUAUAAAUAUCAGAAAUAAAAUGAAGAAAUGAGACAAAUACUAAAACAAGAAUCAAUAAUAAGAAAAAUCAAGAGAAAAUAGCUAAGUUGGUAUGGACAUAACCUCAAUAUGAAAUCUACAGUCCUACAGAAAAUUGAUGGAAGCAGAAAAUACUAUCAACAGAAGAAAAAGUGCACCUAAAAGAAAGUGGAUAGACCAAAUAUUGGAGAUAGAAGAUAAGAAAGGAAAAUCCCUAAUUAAAAGGACCAGAAACCUUCUCUGACACCUGAAAAGGUAGGAGAAAAGAAGUUUCUCAUUGUAAUUCCAAAAAAUGCUAGUCCAUCCAUGUAGAAAAAUUCAACAUUAUUAAUAAUCAACAAUUUCCAUCUGUCCUAAUGUGGAAUAUACUUGUGGGUGUAAUACAAAUUUAAAAAUAAGGUAGAUAAGACUGGAAGAGAGGCAUAAGUUACUUGGUAUAAUGAGGCAUAUGGUGUAAGACUAUUGACUCAAAACAAGGAAGCCACAAGUUUCCAAGUUACAAAGAUUCAUAACUGUGUGGAAGAAAUUAAAAAGUAGGAAUGAAUUACUAAUUGCACAUUUAGCCAAGUAGCUUCAAAGACAAGCAAUUCUAUAGAAGUCAACUUUAAGCUAGUAUGAAACUGUUCUCAACUAGUGAUUCCCAAAGUGGUCCAGGUGUACUUCCAGGAGUUUACGGGGAACUAUACAACAGGAGUGUACUUGAAUUUCCAUAGUUAGAUCUCAUUUUUUGACGAGAUGGUAAUAUGGUAUAAAUGUAUCAAAGAAAACUAGUAAUAAAUAUUUUGAAAAUGGUUUACGAGUAAAAAAGUUCUGUUCUAAACAUGUUGGGUGACCUUAGUAAAAUCAUUGUGGUCUGGGGCUAAAAAAGCUGCAUUACUGCCAUUUGUUGACCAGAACCUUUCUACAGCAUUGCAAAAUCAUAACUAAAGCGACCACUAAAAAAUUGUAGGAGUAUAUUUCUAGGUUAUGGUUGAGGAAUUCACUAAGUCAAAGACAAUCCGGAGAAUUUAUUGCAGACCUGAUAAAUGGAAACUGAAAAACAAUUAUUAUUGUUAUGAGUUUGUUAACAGGAUGUUGUGAGCUUAUGUAAAUUAUAUUGAUCAGAGGAAGCCCAUUUCAGUACAUGGGCUUCAUAAAAAGAAUAUAGUUUGUCUAUGUAAUUUAGUGGGUGUAUAAUUUUUUUUCUAAUAUUAAUUAUAAAAAGUUUCAUGUUUACUGGAAAUUAAAGUAGGCACACUACUGUAUAAGCUAUUUUUUAUUUCCUUUAUAACGGUAUUUAUUUUUAGUGUGGUAUUUUAUCAUUAUAAUAUUAUUGUUAUUAGAUUAUUUAAAGUGUAAUAUCAUUAUUAUUGAAUUUUUGUUUAUAUUACAUGCUUUAUAAAGUAUAAAGUUAUUAAAAGU